AUCUUAUUCUUAGCUUUAAACAUUUGAGUUUGUUAUUCUUUUCUUUCUGUUUCACAACAUUAAUUCACUUCACUCUGUACAUUGUUUUCUCCUUCCAUGGCUUCUUCAAUUCGUCCCUCACUUUCUUCCUUCAUGUUACCCUCCCUCCGCUCUUGCAACCCUUCUGAAAAGCUCUCUCUUUUUCAUCUCGGUAGCGGUAUUAGACUGUAUCAUAAGUUUGGCCUGAAAUCUUCUAGGCUUUUAAGACAUGAUGAUAAUAAGUGCAUGAGAGUGAUGGCAUCUGGGAACAUGUCCACAGCUGCUACACAGGAAAAUGUGCUCGAUUGGGUCAAACAUGACAAGAGAAGAAUGCUUCAUGUUGUGUAUCGUGUUGGGGACUUGGACAAGAGCAUAAAAUUUUAUAGAGAGUGCCUUGGAAUGAAGUUGCUCAGAAAGCGCGACAUGCAAGAACAGAGAUAUACUAAUGCCUUUCUUGGAUAUGGCCCUGAGGAUGCACACUUUGUUGCUGAACUGACAUACAAUUAUGGGAUUGAUAAGUAUGACAUUGGAGAUGGAUUUGGCCAUUUUGGUCUUGCUGUUGAUGAUAUUUCAAGAAUAGUGGAACUUGUUAGAGCCAAGGGAGGGAAAAUUACUAGAGAGCCUAGUCCUGUCAAGGGAGGCAACUCAACAAUUGCAUAUAUUGAAGAUCCUGAUGGUUAUCAAUUUGAACUUUCCGAAAGGGUUUCCUCUCCUGAGCCUUUGAGCAAAGUAAUGCUUCGAGUGGGUGAUCUUGAUCGUUCCAUUAAAUUUUAUGAGAAGGCUUUUGGUAUGGAGCUACUUCGAACACAAGAUGAUCCAGAAUCUAAGAGUACAAUAGCAAUACUGGGUUAUGGUCCAGAGGAAAAAAACACUGUCCUGGAAUUGACUUACAACUAUGGAGUCACAGAUUAUGAUAAAGGAGAUGCUUAUGCUCAGAUUACAAUAGGCACAGAUGAUGUGUACAAAACUGCAGAAGCAAUCAAACUUGCAGGAGGGAAGAUUACUCGGGAACCUGGACCUGUACCUGGUAUCAAAACGAAGAUCACAUUGUGUGUUGAUCCUGAUGGUUGGAAAACUGUUUUUGUAGAUAAUGUUGACUUUCGUAGGGAGUUGGAAUAGUUUUUUGAGUCAUCAUCAUGGCAAUUUUGGGAGACUAAAUAUCAAAACAAUGGCGCAGAGGAAAUGGUAUUCUUUGUUGAAGUUUUUUUGAGUUAGUGAAUGUAUCAUACGCAAGUCCAUUUUUUGUAGGUCAUGGACAAAUGAUUCUUGCAUUAUACAAUUUCAAUUACACAUGGUUUGGGCAAUAACACCAAGUUUUUUCCUUGUCUA